GUCCGUGUAUUCAUUUCUCGCGGAGGUAUUUGGAAGCAAACAGAAAGUUUGUGUGUGUUCAGUGUUUUUAUAUUCAGCAGACGUAAUUCGCAACGUGACACAAAAUAUCAAACUUCUUGAUGACAACUUGAGAAAAUCCAGAUUUAGGCCAUUUCUUAUGUUGAAAGUUGUAUAUAUGAAAGGGGCGAUUGUAUUGAUUUGGAUUGUUAAGUUUUGCCAUUCCUGUGUUUUUCAUCCAGCGUCUAACAGUGUUAUUAGCCAUAUGAUAUGCUUUUCAGCAUAAAAUGUUUUUAUCUUAUAUAAAAUAUCCUGCUGUGUAAAAUGUUUAUUUCUUUAUUGGGAAAGCUGGGACUAUAAAUGAAGUGAAUGAAAGAUUAGGUUCCUGGCUGUCUCUUUCUUCCUGCGGAUGCCCUUCUUGGCUGCGAUAUGAUAACGAAAAUGAAGUGGAUGAAAGAUUAGGUUCCUGGCCGUCUCUUUCUUCCUGCGGAUGCCCUUCCUGGCUGCCAUAUGAUAACGAAAAUGGCCGUGAAUUAAAUAUCGGGUGUUUUCAAAUGUUAUUGUGAUUUUUUUUGUGUGCUUCAUGAAAAGUACGCGCGGUAUUAUAUAUUGCGUUUGAAUUCUGAUGUUUAUUAAUAUCGAUGAAGUCUGAGACAAGUUCUAGAAUCCGAUAUCACGUAAUAACUACAAAGACUUUAACAGUGUGUGUUAUUGAUCGAACGUCAUAUAACGGUCAAUGAAAUGCACGUUCAAUAGCGUGUGCGUUAAGCGUAUGAAUAGAUGAAAGGUUUUGCUGGCUUUACGCGUGUUUGACAUGGAUGCCGUACUGUAUGCAGGCCAAAUAUAAUAAACGCCGCAGCGAAUCAAUUCUGGGUAUUGAUGAAGAUAACGAAAUACAACAGAUGGGUAGGCUGCUAUAGUUGAAACAGACAAUAGGAUCGUGCACACUAGAGGGAUAGGAUUAUGUAAUAGCGACGACAAAACGUCAAUCAACAAGGGUGUUGUUGUCAGUUUCAGGCCUUUAGAAUAGGAUUAAAAUUUAGCCCUAUUAUCAAAAGAGAUUAAUUUGAAUAGCUACUAAACCGGUUUGGGUCGAACUGAAAGAUCUUUUUACAAAGGAAAUUCUAAACUUUUACGUUUUUUUUUUAUUUUUAAAUUUCUUUUACUUGGUUUUUAAGAUUCUUACAAACUUCGCGUGAGAAUUUAUUUCAUGAAGGACAGACAAAUAUAAACAAGCAAUGAAAGGAGAGUUAUAACGGAAAAGUAAUUGGUCUUGAUUGGGUGUUUUAAAGUGGAUUACUGCAGACACGAUUCUGCAUGCGCAUUUUUAAGAAGGGUAGUCAUUCAUUUAACGUGAUGCAUUAGUUUAUUCUGUGCUUUGACAUUUAUACAAGUUUGCCUUUUAUACAAGAAAAGUUUUCUUUAAAAAAAACUUGUUAAAUGUACCAUUAUUGUGUAUAGGCCUAGUGAUGAGCGUGUUAAUGUUCUGAGUAACACGUUCCUUGACUGUAGAACUGUUUUCAGAUUUUUAACUCUAUAUUCGCCAUUAUUUGAAUGAAUAGUUCCCAGCGGUACAAAAAAAGGAUAAAUUAAAUGUUUAUUUUAUGUUAAUAGAUGUGUUUGGUGUGCAUUGUGUCGAGCGUGUACGAGAAUUAAAAUCAAUACUCCUCUCGAUCCCGUUUUUAUGAAAGAACGGACUAACGGUAUACACAGAGCGCGAGAGGUUCUUCCUGAAAUACAUGACGUCAUUAUUGCUAGAACACAGUAGGAGUUACGCCUGUGACAUGGUUUAUUUGGAGUAGAAAAUCUUAAAAAUGUCAGCUGAAGUGUGUUUCUGGAUUUAAAAACACAGUGAAGACCCGUGGCUUCUAUUGACAGCCCGCUUUUAUUUUAUCAAAGAAAUUGUAGCGUCUCUGGGAUGACAGAAACGGACUUGCCGAACCCGCGGGACUAUGUGAAAUGUGUGGUGGUAGGGGAUGGAGAAGUGGGAAAGACGUGUUUACUAGUCAGCUAUACAACGGAUAAAUUCCCUACGGUUCACGUACCAACUGUGUUUGAGAACUAUGCUGUUACGCUGACAGUGGGAGAUCAGAGUUUAGUUUUAGGGUUAUUUGAUACAGCGGGACAGGAAGAAUUUGACCGUCUGCGAGUGUUGGCCUACCCAGAUACAGAUGUAUUUGUUGUUUGUUUCUCGGUUAUGAACCCAACAUCCUUUGAAAAUGUGAAAGAAAAAUGGAUUCCAGAAGUUCGGCAUCACACUCCGGGUGUUCCAAUCGUUUUGGUUGGAACGAAAUCCGACCUGAGACAUAGUUAUCCAGAAAUAAAACAAUUAGAAGCUGAAAAACGAUCGCCGGUUAAAUUUCAACAAGGACUUGAAUUGGCGAGUGAAAUAGGUGCUCAUUCAUAUGUCGAGUGUUCAGCGUUAACGCAAGAUGGUCUCAAGGACGUGUUUGAAACAGCUGUUUACGCAGCUAUUGGUGGUGGUGGGAAUCAAAGUUCUGAAACAGACAAAUGCAAAACAAACAAUCACAAGAGACCAUUUUGUGUACUUAUUUAGAUUUAUAAUAGUUAUUGACGAAGGGGAAACCAGUUUCAUCCCUUGACCAACAAAAAUGACUAAAAACAAAUUUAAACAUUAUAGUUUUGUGGUGGUGCUCAUUUUAAAGACGGACAUUUUGAUAAUUUUAUGAUUAAUUUAUAUAUUCCACAUUUUUUUUUUUAUACCUAUGCAAAGAUAUUAGCAUCAUUUAAAGGGAUAAGAACCAAAUAUAUGGUUGGUUCUAUUUAGAGGUUUCAGAGAGAGAGAGGAAUGGGAUUCAACGUCAACUCGAUACAAACUAGGUCAUUUCGGAACUAACAUAUGGUUCAAUCUUAUUUCAAUAAUUUGCUUGUGCAUAGGGGUCUUUAGCAGUGGGAAGAAACCGGAGGACCCGGAGAAAACCAACAAGGUUGGACAGACAACCCUACUCCUUGUAACAUAUAACCCUUAGAGGUUUCAAAGCUGAUCUCUGAAAAAUAUCAAUUUUAGCAAUCAAUGCAGUAAUGGUUACAAGACAAUUGAUUUGAUGGGAAUGGAGUUUAUUGUCUCUUCUAUGCUUUGUUUAGGUCAUUUUGAUAUAAAUAAUAGAGUAAUUUUUGUUUCUAUGGUUACAUGUGCAAUGCAAGGGGGAUAAUUAUUCCUGGACAACCAUCUCUUCUUCUAUUCUAGCUGCCAUAGGAUCUUGAAUGUGAACUACUUAUUGAUAAUGGGAUGCAUGUUUUCUGUUCUAUCCGAAGGACUAGAAACACUUUCCUCAACAUUCAUACAGAUCCCAUCAUUUACAAGUGAGAACCCAGCUUUAAAAAUUAUAAAAGAAUGGGAUGUGUUUUAACAUCUUAGUGCAAUAUAUCAUUCAUGGUGAGACUAACACAUUCAAGUUUUAUAUACUAUGCUUACAUCUACAUUUAAAUAGGGGGAGGUGGGAUUUGGCCUGGGCAGUGGUUUUUAAAUGAUAGCAAUUC